AUGUCUUCUCCGCCACCAGAGGACAAGCAGACUAACAAGGACAAGAUCCUUGCCCAGGCUUCCGCCAAACUCGAGGAAGCACAAAAAGAGGCAGAAGCAGCCCAACGCUCUCGUCAACAGGGCGAAGAGACCGAAGAUACAGAGGAAAAGAAGAAGCUACUGGAUGAAGCAUCACGACACGAAAAGAAGGCCAAAUCGUUGAACAAAGAAUCCCAGAGGUUGCAGAGCGGUGUGUGGCAGGGUGGCGUAGGUGGCGCAGGCAUUGGGGCUGGAUUAGGAGCUGGGCUGGGUGCUGGUGUGGGAACCAUCACAUCUGCCGUCGUUGGUGGUGUGGCUGCGAUACCAACCACCGGGCUGGGACUCUUGGUUGGUGCUGGCACCGGCGCGAUACAUGGGCCGUGGUACAAGUUGGAGGGACAAGACAAGAAAGAGGCUAGCGAGGAUGAUCAACCAAACGCUGGGGAAGAGAAGAAGGACUCCUAG